UUACAUAGUUGAUGAUAUUGUUAUGUUUAUUUAUAUAGUUGACUAUCAAGAACUUACACUUCCUCAAAACAGAUUGUUUGCAUUCAUUAGUGACCACUGUGGCAAAACGUUUGGCAAUGGAAACCUUUCAGGUCACAUUGUAGAGCAUUUAGAGUAAACUGUUUAUGCAACGUUGCAAAACUGUUGGCUGCGGUGUAAACUAUUGAAUACGGCCCAGGUAGUAGCCUACAACCCGGCUGUUGAUGCCUGCCUGAUGGUGAAACAUGAACGUAACCUGAGAGGUAUACUAUGAUGCAAUCUAGACAUACUGGUUUUCUAAAGCUAGCCAGCUUCAGUUAGCUUCACAUUCCAGCUUAGGCCUCAUCCAUCAGAAUAUACAGAGCGCCAGUCAACAGGAAGGUGUUCUCUCAGCAGAACGGAACAUAUCUCAAUGACUUGACAUGUUCUGGUUGUGAAUUCAGGCUACAAGGUGACAAUCCUGCCAGUGAUUAUUGUAAAAAUGUGUAGAGAAAUUAAACGUAUGUUGUUAUUUUACUAUAGUGAAUGGAAGUUAAACACUCAGACCUAACAGUCUAUUUCUUCUGGGACAGGUAAGUGCCAGUUUAAUCAUACAAAAUGGAUGUGGGAAAUUCAAAUUCAAUAUUCAUAUAUCAAUGUUUUACAUUUCACAUUUUGUAUGAUAAAUGUAAUUGUAUCAUAGUUCCACUAUAGCACGUGUCAAACUCAUUCCAGGGAGUGUCUGCGAGUUUUCGCUCCACCCCUCGAUUGAUGAAUUAAUGUCACUAAUUAGUAAGGACCUCCCCUCACCUGGUUGUCUAGGUCUCAAAAACCUGCAGACACUCAGCCCUCUGUGAGUUUGACACCCCUACACUAUAUUUUGAUAUUAUCCUUGCUGUAUGAGCCAUGUCACAAUUCCAACCUAGUAACCCUAUUUGCGGCAAUGGCGCAAUGCGAUGCAUAGUCCUUUAGUCUCCAUGAGCCAAAUGGCCGGUUGGUGAAGGCCACAGCACGGGGAAGGUUUACAGGUCCAUAGGUUUACAGCAGCUGAGAGUUGCUGCAUUGUUAAAAACUCAAUCAUUUGAUCAUCCUGUUGCACGAUACCUAACACUUGUAGUGUAUUUGAGAUUUUAAAAGGCUUCUGAAGUUUGUAAUUUCUACAUUUCCACUUUAAAAAUGUUAAUUAAUUCUAAUCCAAAUAAUUUUCCUGCGGUGGAAACUGGCUCAAAUUAAGAUCCGACAUCUGUAGAAAUAUAUCUGUCUUUGAAGUACAUGGCUAUAUCAGGAGGACAGGAUUCUCUUUUGACCAUUCUUGUUUGACCAUUUUACAUCUUUUUUUAUCUACUGUUGUUUAGGCUUGUUGAUUGAGUUCCCUAUGAGAAGCUACUUCAUCUGCAAGUAAACAGCUGGCCGCACCUGUAACUGUUAGAAGUUAUGUGAACUCCUCAUAUGACAUUCAAAUCCAAUCAAGCAGGAGAGACCAGCCUCACCUGUACCCAGCUGUGUGUCCAUGAAGAGUGACUGUUCUAUGCUUGAACCUAUAAAGUUUAGAGAGGGAGACUUUUCUACUGAACAAAGUCCAGAACUCCCAGAAGACUUUGAGAGUCAGAGGGAGGAUGAGGAAGUGGUGAAUGCUGAAGAUGAGAAGCAGGAGAGCAGUGCCAUAGAGAGGGACAUUUCUGACACACUGGAGAAAAAUGCAGAUGCUCUUGCUGUGAUUUGCCAACGUGAACUCAAACUUAAUCUAAAGAAGAAGUUUCAAUGUAUAUUUGAGGGGAUCGCUCAACAAGGAAACCCAACACUUCUCAAUAAGAUCUACACAGAGCUCUACAUCACAGAGGGUGGAACAGGAGAGGUCAAUAAUGAACAUGAGCUGAGACAGAUUGAGACAACAACCAGGAAACAAGCAAGACCAGAGACUGCAAUCAAAUGUAACGACAUCUUCAAACCAUUAACUGGACAAGACAAACUUAUCAGAACUGUGCUGACAAAGGGAGUCGCUGGCAUUGGAAAAACAGUCUCUGUGCAGAAGUUCAUUCUGGACUGGGCUGAAGGAAAAGCAAAUCAGGAUGUCCAAUUUGUAUUUUCAUUCCCUUUUCGGGGGCUGAAUUUGAUGAAAGAGGAAAAACACAAUUUGAUUGAACUUCUCAAUCACUUCUCAAUGGAAACCAAAGAAUCAAGAAUCUCCAACUAUGACAGGUACAAAGUUCUGUUCAUCUUUGAUGGUCUGGAUGAGUGCCGACUGCCCCUAGACUUCCAGAAAAACAAGAUUUGUUGUGACGUCACAGAGUCAACCUCAGUGGAUGUUCUGCUGACAAAUCUCAUCAAGGGAAAUCUGCUUCCCGCUGCUCUCCUCUGGAUAACUCCCGACCUGCAGCAGCCAAUCAGAUCCCCCCUGAGUGUGUUGACCAGGUGACAGAGGUACGAGGGUUCAAUGACCCACAGAAGGAGGAGUACUUCCGGAAGAGAUUCAGUGAUGAUGAGGACCUGGCCAGCAGUAUCAUCUCACACAUAAAGACAUCAAGGAGCCUCCACAUCAUGUGCCACAUUCCAGACUUCUGUUGGAUUUCUGCAAUAGUCCUUGA